CCAGGGUUUGGCCAUUUGGGCAUCCUCUGCAUCUGCCUCAUUUAUCUGCUUUCACUGAAAGGGAAUGGUAGUCUCUGUGUUCCUUCCAUCGCUUCUGAUUACUAUCUGCAGAUAAGAGAGUGUGGGAGAGAGGAGGAGCUAGCUGCUCUUUAUCUUCUUGGAGAUGGAGUCCGUUUCCAAUUCACUGCACCGCCAUGGGAGAAGGCUGUGCGAGCUGCUGGAAGAGCAGCAAGAGCCUUUCCUGCUCGAUGCCUACCUCUCGCAGCAUGGCUACUCGGAUAGAAGAGCAGCUGACGCCGCUGCAUGCGUUUGCUGCCUUGGCAGCGCUUGUUCGAGGCUGAAAGGGCUCUCCGACUACUGGCUCGUGAGGAGGAAGAGGAAGAAGAAGAAGAAGAGCGAGGCCGUCAGGCAUGUGCUCGCCAAAAUUGCCUGCGACAGGAUGAUCAGGAGAGCUUGGAGGCGCAAUGCUGCGGCCAUUGACAGGUUAAUGAAAGCCGAGAAUCACGGUGGGGAAUUCCAUAGGCUCUCUUCCGCCGCCGCCACCGAUGAGGCUGAGAUGGACAAGGAGGAGAGGAGCCCUGUCUCGGUCCUUGCUCUGCAUUCUCCUGUCGCAGCCGAGGGAGAAGAAUCGACAUCGCCGUCGAGUUUUGGGUCGACGGAAGAGGCAGAGAAUUCCGGCAGCAAUCUGGAAGAUCGCCUGAGGGAGUUGGAAGAAAGCCUUCGAGUCGACUACUGCGAUGGAAUCGUCAACCUAUCGCAGCUGAUAUCUGGCGAUCUCUCCAGUUCCAACAAAGAAUGGAGCCAGUUCGAGCACGAGAGAAGGGAGGUCGGAGCUGAGAUCGAGCACAUCAUCUUCGAAGAGAUCAGACAAGAAACUGCACUCGAUCUCCUCCUGCAUUGCAACUGCACACUGCUGCGUCGACCUUCCGUCGUCGACGAUUCCAGUUAUUAUUAUUAUUAAUUUCAAUAUUUGCUAAUUUCUUAGAUCACCAAAUCUCUGUGCCGGACGAUGCGUGCAGUUCCUCCAGCUCACAAAACUACAAAAAUGUCACAGAAAGAAACAAAACCGAGCAAUUCCCUUGCUCAUGCCAGUUGUUUCUCUAGUCAAUGCUGAUGAAUUAAUUAAUUCCCUUAAUGCCAAGGCAGGAGUUGAAGCUUAUAAAUGAACGUCCUCAAAGUUGACAUGCAA